AUGGCUACACCUCGUCGUCGCUCUGCACGACUGAGUAAGGCUGCUCAACAGCGUUCCUCUCCUCGAAAAACUCCUUCGGCCACCGUGCAGCUCGAAUCCCUCAUAGAACGAGAUGAAAGUCUAGAGGUCAGCGAGCCGCAGUCCAUCGACAAUGUUCCUGCUACCCUAGCAUCCUCCCCCACCAUUCAGUUCCAACUCUCGAGACUCUCUAGUCUCAAGACGCCUCAGACAGAACCUCGAGCAGACCGUGGGGAAAUGCAUCCUAAAUUCAUCCAUCGGACCACUACUAAAGCUCCAGACUCAGGCCUGAAGCUUGGAUUCGGCGACAUUCCUCCACACCCCUUUCAUUCUCUUGCAAGUGCGCAGAACACACCAUCAAAGGCUCGUUUAAAUACACCGGCGAACUUAUCAUCUACAAAUUUUGGAUUCAAAUUUGGCUCGAAUUCUCAACUUAGCAGCGAGGCACAAAAGUUGAUGGAUAGUGUCCGUGAAGAGGCGGCAAGGAUCAAAGCACAAAUGCAUGCAGAAAGAGAAGCUCAGCAACAGAGGGAUGAUGAAGCUGAGGCCACCUUCAACGGGGUCACUGUGACUGACAGAAAGAUUGCCAAGCCAAAAGGGAAGGCUGGUAGAUUCAGCGACAUCCAUAUGGCUCAGUUCAAGAAAAUGGACUCAAUCGCCAAUCAUCCAUCUGCCUACAGAGCCAAGUCUAGUUUUGCUCAAUCAACGGCUCAAUCACUCAAGAGAAGCGGAUCCAAAGCUGGCCUUAAUGAAGUUGAUCGGCCUCGAACCGCUGGCAAGGGUACACCGGGUCGUCUGCCACCAGCUUUCCUCGGUCGUGCAACAUCUGUCAGUCCGUUCAAGUCGAUUCCUGCACGAUCAGAACGAAUCGAAAACAUGACCCCGGCCAAGCGAGCACGACAUUCAGAGUUUCACGAUGUCUCUGCUAGUCGACCAUCAGAUCAAGUCAAGUCUACCGUGUUGCCAAAGCCGGCACUGAGCAGUCUCUGGUCGCCGACGAAGGCUUCAUUGGCUAGAGCUGCGGCAAGUCAAAUCCCCUUUGUCUCGCCCAAUAAAGCUCCUGCGUUAAGGCGGCCCACUUCUGUCCAGACGCUGGGGACGGUGUCGACAAUACCGAAUCCCAGACCCUCUACUGCCCAUGGUGAGGCGACCACUCAAGCUCUGUCAAAGAUGUCAUAUAAUGAAUCCUCUCGAGCUGACAGACCCCUUCCGCCAUUGCCAAAAGAUAAAAUCUCCCCCCAUGCCACCGAUUCGGCCGUACUGCAGCGAUCUAAAUCUACUACUGAGCUUGCGUCUGUCGCCCACGCCCAAGGUGUUGUAGCGAGACUCUCAAAACCGUCGGGUCAGAAAUCGGUCCUACGUUCUGGUCGGAAGGCUGAGAUGGCUUCAUCCAUCAAGGGCAGACCGGGAACUCCCAAGCGGCCUAACACGGCGACAUCAGCCAAUGGAUCGGCCAAGAAGGUUGAUUUCACUCCAAGUGUGAAGUCCCGAUACGCAGUUAGAUUGGCCGCCGGAAGUCCCAGCCCGGCCAAGUUGCCACCACUAACACCUAGGAGAGCACCUGCACCGGUUGUUCCCUACGAACCAGCUGCAUAUAUCCUCCAAGAUGAUGACGCUGGUGAGAACUGGGAUGGUGCUGGAAGUGAAAUUGAAUACCCGACACUACCAGAUGUUUCCUCGAGCCCUGCGCCUCCCAGGGUUGAAAGCUCGUUUGCCGAGAACGCCAAAGACCACAAUCGCCGCGAAUCCCAGGAAUUCAAAUCCAUCUUCACCACUUUGCAUCACCCUUCCCGGCCCAACCCGCCGUCAACGCUGGCCUCUGUCAACACCAUCGUCAACAAGACCAAUCCCACCUUCCACACUAACAAUGUCAUGAGAUCUCCCAGCAACGCCAAGUUCGUUCGACCGUCUCCUACGAUCCGCCGGGUCCGGAGUUCCGACGUGUCUAACCUCAUUCAACCAUUUGAAGACACGAAAGUCAAUACUGUUCCGCAUGGACUGCCAGGCAAGAAGCGACGUCGCGAGUCAGCGAUCUCAGAUGAUCCGCGAGGUAAUGAUGAUGACGCAAAGGAGAAUCGUGGGAUAUCAGUCCUGCCUGCUCUUCCUGGCGGUUGGCAAGAGAGCCCUCAGGUCGAUGGUCAAGGUGAAGGCGAGAAGCGAGGCGGCAAGCGUGUCAGAGUCGAGACGGGUGAGGAUUCUGACACCAAACCGGUCGCACAGAAGUUGAUGAGCGAGACCAAGAAGGCCAGACCAAGUUCAACGCGAGCGAUGGCGAAGAAUAACGCGAAGGAACGCAAGGGCAGGGGAGCUUUGAGCCUCAGUCGCUUGAAUAUGCUCAGUCAGCCAAAACAGAGAGGUUGA